UAAACAGACAAAGGUAGAAAGGCAGAAGUGACAGCCUGAUUCACCCUCAGAUAGUGAAAGGUAGCCGUGGAGGGAGAGCGUGUAGUGGUGUGUGCUAGUGUGUGUGUGAGUGUUUGUUAGGAUGUGUGUGUUGCUGUAAAUCAGCAGGAGCGGCUCAGAGGGGCUUAAACCAUCACAUGAAGCCUCACGGACUCGGAGGGGCCCACUGAGUAGAGACCCGCUCGGACCUCACAGGACCGUUAACUCAGGGUCGAUGGAGGAGCUGGAGCCUGAGGAGCAGUUUCUACGGUUCGCCCGUAAUGGAGAUUUGCCGGGGAUCCAGAGACUGCUCAUGUCCACAAUACGGGAAGAGACGCAGAUCAAUAUUAACUGCAAAGGUAAGAAGAAGUCCAACCUUGGCUGGACGCCUCUUCAUCUCGCCUGUUACUUUGGACACAAAAAUGUCGUUGAGGAGUUACUCAAGGCCGGGGCAGACGUUAACUUACCAAAUAACAUCGGAGACACGCCACUGCAUAAAGCUGCGUUCACAGGAAGAAAGGAGGUUGUUAUGCUGCUGCUGCACUACGAUGCAUGUGCUACAGUCCUCAAUGGGACGGCUCAGACCCCCAAAGAUGUGACCCAGAACGCAGAGAUCAGAAGCAUGCUGGAGGCGGCUGAGAGGACCGAGGAGAGGAAACUUGAAGAGCAGCUCCUGGAAGCUGCACGGGAAGGAGAUUUCUCAACAUUAACUCGGCUGCUCAGCAGGAAAAACCCUCCUGACAUCAGCUGCACAGACCUGCUGGGAAACACGCCGCUGCACUGUGCGGCAUAUCGCGGCCAGAAGCAGUGUGCCCUGAAGCUGCUGAAGAGCGGCGCCAACCCCAACAUCAAGAACAAGAACGAGCAGACCGUGUUCGACCUGGCCAGUGAUUCCGCCAUGAAGCAGCUGCUUGAAAGCAAUGUUCGAGGUUCGACCAGAAAUGUGAAGAAGUUCGAAGGAUUCCUCUGGAAGAGCUCCAGGUUUUUCGGCUGGCGUUCGUACUGGGUGGUCCUCCAGGACGGGGUUUUAUCCUGGUACUCCAAACAGUCAGAUGCUGCCGCCAACCUCCGAAGACAAGGCUGUAAGUCCCUUACAAACGCUCACUGUCUGAUUAAAGCUAAAGACGGCUGUUUCUUUACCCUCAAGUGCUUUGAUGAAAGCGUGCAUCACUUCAAAGUGUCACCGAAAGACGACCCAGAGGCUACGAGAAAAGCCUGGCUGGACGCUCUGGAGGAGCACACGGCUUACAGCACGCACUACUGCUCACAGGAGCAGGGCAGCGAGGAGGAGGAGGACGAGGAGGGGAUGACACUUGGCGAGCUAUCAGAAUCACUACAGGCAGCCGAGGCCAGCCAGAGGAAACUGGAGGAGGAGGUGGCAGCUUUCAUGUCCCUGCUGAAAACCAACGGGCUGGAUGAAAGGUUCCCAUCCUCCAUUCUGCAGAAGUUGCAGCAGAUCUGUGAGCUGUCCAAUGAGACGAGUUCAAGCCUGAGCAUCUGUUUGAGUCUGUUCUCCAGACAGGAGGGGGUGCGCAGUGUGAAAUUGGAGCAGGAGGUGGAGAAGAAUAAGAUCCUCUCUGAAGCACUGCAGACUCUCGCCACCGAGCACCACGAGCUCGAGCAAUCCGUCGUCAAAGGAUCGUCUCCUCGGAGCGCGCUCAGUGAGGAUGAGUUCCACGACGCUGUUUCAGACUCGGGCUCUGAGGUCUCGCUGAGCGGUUUUGAGACGGUGGCCAGCCAUUCCUGUGAGGAGGACGAGGACGACGACAGCUCUGUCACAUUAAGCAGCCCUGGCAACAUGUUGCAGGAAGAUCACCAUGGCAACAAGGAUGAAGCUCAACCCAAUGGGAUUACAAAGCAUAGGACCAGUCUGCCGGCACCGAUGUUCUCCAGAAAUGACUUCAGCAUCUGGAGCAUCCUGAGGAACUGCAUAGGAAUGGAGCUGUCAAAGAUCACGAUGCCAGUGAUCUUUAACGAGCCGCUCAGCUUCCUGCAGCGGCUGACCGAGUACAUGGAGCACACCUACCUCAUCCACCAGGCUAACAAGUCGUCCGACUCCAUAGAAAGGAUGAAGUGUGUGGCUGCGUUCGCCGUGUCUGCUGUGGCGUCUCAGUGGGAAAGGACGGGGAAACCCUUCAAUCCUCUGCUGGGAGAAACCUACGAGUUGGUCCGGGAUGAUCUGGGUUUCAGGCUGAUCUCUGAGCAGGUCAGCCAUCAUCCUCCAGUCAGCGCUUUCCAUGCCGAGGGUCUGAGUCAGGACUUUGUGUUUCAUGGAUCCAUCUACCCCAAACUCAAGUUCUGGGGUAAAAGUGUGGAGGCAGAGCCUAAAGGCACAAUCACGCUGGAGCUUCCCAAGUACAACGAAGCGUACACCUGGACCAAUCCUACGUGUUGUGUUCACAACAUCAUCGUUGGGCAGCUUUGGAUCGAGCAGUAUGGAAGUGUGGAGAUCAUCAAUCACAGAACAGGGGAGCGGUGCUGCCUGAACUUUAAACCUUGUGGCCUUUUUGGUAAAGAGCUGCACAAGGUCGAAGGUUACAUUCUGGAUAAAAGCAAAAAGAAGCUGUGCGCUCUCUACGGGAAGUGGACCGAGUGUUUGUAUGUCAUCGACCCUGCUGCAUUCGAAGCACACAAGAAAAAUGAUAAGAAAGGAGCCGAGGAGAAGAAGAGCAGCAAAGCGGGCUGCAGCGAAGGCCAGGACGACGUUCCCUCUCCGGCCGCUGACACGGUUGAGUUAAUUCCCGGCAGCCAGCUGCUGUGGAGGAUCGCACCCAGACCGCCAAACUCUGCACAGAUGUACAGCUUCACAUCGUUUGCGAUGCAGCUGAACGAGCUGCACCAGGAGAUGGAGGGAGAGAUUCCUCAGACCGACUGCAGGCUCAGACCGGACAUAAGAGCCAUGGAGAACGGGGACAUUGACCUGGCCAGUGAGGAGAAGAAGAGGCUGGAGGAAAAACAAAGAACUGCUCGCAAAAACCGCUCCAAGAACGACGAAGAGUGGAAGACGAGGAGUCCGGCCCUCGGCCCGAGGUGGUUCCAGCAGGGCCAGAAUCCCCACACCAGUACCCAGGACUGGAUCUUCUCUGGAGGAUACUGGGACAGAAAAUACAGCAUGCUGCCCGACAUUUACUGACGGACGUUAAACCGCUCUGAUGAACGUUUUUUUUUUUUUUUUUUGCUUGUUUUUUUAAGGAAAAACUACGAUAUGCAAACACGCGUGGCCUUAUACAACUUUAUUAUGGUAAACUACAAAGAAACGUCAUCAAUAACGAUCAAUAUUUAUCUGUUAUAAAGGAUAAAGCAGUUCUCUAAUGCUGUGAAUGUGGGGUUUUGACCUACGGUGAGACCGGAUUAUUUCUGUGUUUGGACUUUAACUCUGUGGUUCGUGAUUUUAACGCCCUCCUGUCUACUUUUAAUCACAUUUUUAAGAUUUGUGUCUGUAUAUAAAUGUAUAAUUUACAUCUAUUCAUCCAUCAGUGACCUACGCAGCAUGUCGGCGACAUUUCCAAACUCUACAUUGAGUUACAGAGAAUAAUUCUGUCUUUUUUUCUUUAUUUUGAAAUGUUUCCAUUUUUUGCUCUUUAAAGGAAAACUACAGAAAGAAAAAUUUAUUUUCUAUAACAAUGUUACACCUUUAAGAUGAACUGUUACUUCUUUGUCAGUUGUGUUCAUUAUUUCAUAAAGCACACAGAAAAGUGGAGCUCCUAAAGCAAAAUCACAAAUGUGUUUUAAAAAUCUGUCAGACAGAUGAUUGUGGAUAAAAAGGUCAUUUAAUAAGGAAGUUAUUGAAUUUUGAGGCGUUUUGCCUCCGUUUAAACAUUAAAAGUGUUUUGUUUGGCACUGAAAUUAAACACUUUUAUGUUUUUGUGUA